GCUAUUAGACGAAGAGGAAAUGUACUGUUAACUUGAUCGUUAAAGCGGAGUGUUGUCGCAUUUCAUCUAAACACAUCAGACAUUAGAAUGGCCACUGAGGGUAACCCAACAGAGGUGGUAAAGGUGCUUCAUCUGCUGGUGAUGGCAUUCUGUUGGGGAAUGCAGGUGUGGGUGUCAUUUAUAGCAGGGUUUGUCCUGGUCUCUCAGGUGAGCUUGCACACAUUUGGCCUGGUUCAGAGCAAGCUUUUCCCUUAUUAUUUCUUCUGUGUGCUGGGCAGUAACACUGUUAGCCUGUCAAUAUAUGCAGUGUACCAUCCCAGAGAGCUGCUGGACUGGCAUGAGACCAUACAGAUGACUUUGUUUUUCGUGGCUGUAAUCAUGGCGGGGCUGAAUGCACAGUGGUUUGGGCCAGCCACCACCGAGCACAUGCUGGUGAUGAGAGAGAUCGAGCAGGAGCACGGUCUUGGUGGAGAGGUGGGCUUUGGCACCAAGAGGGAACACUACGUUAAACUUCGUGAAAAGGAUCCCAAAUACAAGACCCACAGAAGCAGCUUUUACCGCUACCAUGGCCUGUCCAACCUGUGCAACCUCAUCGGUUUUGCCUGCACCAGCGUCAACCUGGUUUAUCUGGCACUUCAUUUGGCUUCAUUGUGAAAACACUAAAACCCCUUUCACACUCAAAAUGACCAGAUUUUAUUUAAUUUGUUUGCAGGCUUUAGAUAGUAGUUUGAGUCCCUUUUAUGUAGUGAUGUGUGAAAUAUUGCAUAAAAUAUGGCAUUAUUUAGCGUUUUUGUCCAUUGCAAAACUGGCCAACAUCCAUGUAUUUCUGAAUAAGUUAGUAGUUAUUUUUCUUGAUUGUCUUAUUAAGUGAUUUUAAGCUCAUCCUGUUGUUGCUUCAUAUGCUUUUACUUAUACCACAUGCCUUAAACAAAUCCUGUCCCUAUCAGAAAUCUAUCAGCUUUUGUUUAUCCCAGUCAUUCCGUUAAUUACCUGGGAAGUCUUGACAUGGGAUUUUGGUUCUGGAGUGUGUUUACACUAACAAAUCACCUCGUAAGUAAGUAUUACCUGUCAUCUUAAAAAAGCAAUCUCAGUGGAAAUCUAAUCUAGUAUUAAAUCUGACAGUGAUGUGUUAUUGAUGACUCGUCUAGACGUGGUCGUGAGCGGCAGCCUCUCCAGUAGCUCUGUCAGUGUUGUACUUUUAUAGCGUUUAUUCUUUAGUUUGUGUAACUUUUUCUAUCAUGAAUCUCAAUAAUUUCCCUCAGAUAAAUAAAGUAUCUAUCUACUGCAUCAUAAAACACAGGGGUCUAUGUUUGCAAAUGAGGUGCAAAUAAAUGCUUUUAAAAUACUUCUUUGGUGCACACCAGUGCGAGCUCUAAAUGGAAACACUAUUUUUGCUUGUAAUAUGGAUAAGACCCCUCCCAUUUUGAACAGGAGUGGGGUUUUAGAUAGACUUUAGAUAUUUUGUGGAUGUAGCCUUUAGCCAUGUUUAUAACCAUUUUCAAACACUGUCCAUAAGCAUGAUUUUUUAACAGUGGUGCUGUACUUCUAAUGGUGUGUUACCACUGACAUUUUAGUUGUAUCCAAGUUGAGUUUAAACCAUGUCCAGGAUCCUGUCUUUAAAAUGAGUUUAAUAGAAUGUUAAUUUUCAUACAUGUGAAAAAUGUUUUUAGAGCCUGGGAUUUGUAUUCUUUUAUAACCUAUGAAAGAGUAGUUUUACUGUCAGAAGAAGCUGUAAGGAAUAGUAAAAUACUACUAGUAAAUAAGUACUUCACUUGCUUUUUAUGAAUAGAAAAUACAUGGCAUGGUGUCUUUGUUAGAUUAUGUACUGUUUAAUGCAAACUGUACUAAACAAACAAAUUCAGAUAUUCUUUGUGAAUUAGUUAAACAAAAUGAUAAACCAAACCAGUUAAGUUAUGGUUUAAUUCGAUGAAUCAAGUUCUGCACCAUUCUAAUCAACAAAAUAAGGAGAUUUUUUUACCAUAAUUUUUACCAAAAUUCCUACAAAUGACAUUAUGGUAAUUCAUAAUUUUUAUUGUCAUAUUCACAUGGAUGCCUAUACAAUUGUCCCAUAAGCACAGUAAUUACAGGGUGUAGUGUCAAGUAUUGUUAGGUUAUUAAACAAUAUUAUAAUCAUACUUGGGGGGUAUAAAGGAAAUGUUCUUUUUUACUAUUAAUGUCAAAUCAUACGCUAUUUAAACAUGGCUGCAAUUAUGAUGGAACAGCAAUGAAACAAUAACAUAAUACAAAUGUUUGUUUUGUUUUCAGUGUAAAACUUUUGCACUCAGUUAUUUGUAUUUUGUAUUUGAGUGUUUUCUAAUUGUGAUUUUCAUAAUUGUGUAAGUGUGUAUUAUUAUGAAAAUUCUACUUAAUAGUGAAAUAUUACAGAAUGUACGUUGCGCGUGUGUUUGCCACUAGGGGGCGCUAUCUACAUAGAUACAGUGCAGGGUUUGAAAACACUUCAACUUCAACUAGGUUUCAGCCAUCAUCAAGCAGCAGCUUGAUUAUUGACAACAGUAUUAUCUAUGUACAAUUUGUUCUAAAAGAGUGUUUUGAAGUAAAAAAUAAAGAUUUUGAAGUGUG